AUGCCUCGAACAAAGCAAACAACAAAUCGUGGUUCAUCAUCUAGUAGAGAUGAUCCAAAUAUCGAGCGAUGGCAGGUAUCCUCUCAUUCUAAGCAUCUUUAUAGGCGACUCCUCACCAGUGAACCAAUAUUUGGUAAGGCACGAGCUAGUUCUUCCCAUGGUGAUCCUAUGGACACCAGCUCAAUACCCCAUAGUGAUGACUCAUCGGCACAAGCAUCUGAAGACGACAAAGAAGGAGAUGAAGAAGAAGAAGCAAAUGCUAGUAAUGAAGAAAUUGAAGAUGAUGGUGAUGAUGAGAAUGAAGAUAAAGACGAAGAGGAAGAAGACGAUGAUGCCUCUGAUGGUGCUGAAGGACAUGAUGAAGUUUUCUUAGCUUUUAAGAUGUAA